AUGCUUGAGACUGUUAUAGGUCAAAGAGAAGCCUUUAUCCUCCUAAGUGAUAUUGAUCCACAUUUUGAUUGUUGCUUAUCAAACGAGGAGUACGAUGAGGUAAAAACCAUAAUUGGUUUUUUGAAGCCAUUUUAUGAUAUCACAGUGUUAUUUUCGGGUACCUCUUAUCCUACCGCCAACCUCUAUUUUAGUGGUGUAUGGAUAAUUCACAUGAAAAUCAAGGAAGUUGCAUGUGUUGAUCAUAAUCCUAGAUAUAAGUUGCAGUUUGUUGAGUGGUGCUAUGUGAGGUUGUUAGGUGGUGAGGGAGUACAAGUUGCAAAGUUGAUUAUUGAUAAUUUGAAAGCUUUUUUUCAAGAAUAUCUCAAGUCCUCAAAUGAAGUAAGCAUUUCAUCUUCAUAA